ACGGACAGUAGUGAACGGUACUGAACGUUGAGGCCUGAACAUUCAACGUUGGACACAUCCAUAACUUCUCAAGAUCUCAAUGGCAGGUGUACCAUCAGUAGACAAGAUAACAGAACUUCUCAAAACCUCACCAACCACGGUUGCUCGAGUUCUUCGAGUGUCGCAAUUACGGCAAGAUUCUCGUCACACCUCUCUGAUGUCCAAUUUCCAUGCAGCUGUGGGCCGUGUGCCUGUCCAUGGCGAGGAUGCCAUCUGUUCCAGCGAGCUGCCAGUUUAUCUCUUCGAUCUUGCCGUUGCCGAGGUAAACAAUAGGGCUACAGCCGAUGGAAAUAUGGCAUAUAUUAUAUGCCUUCUAGAUACCCUUGGAUCAUGCAUCGCUCGAUUGAUCUCGUAUUCUGCCCAUCAUCCUACCAAUGAACCUCUCAACUAUAUCAUUACGAACCGGGACAAGUUGUGGCGGGCCCUUUAUGCGAAAAGGGCCUAUGUGCUUGCAGAGGACUGGAACGAACCCCAGUACAUCUAUACAGACGAGGGUCCAAGAGCCUGUGUAACUACACAAUCGAUGGCUUACUGUAUAUGUUCUGUUACAGUCUCUCUGUUUGACCUAGUGAGGCUUUGCAGUCACGGGGUAACCACCGUCCGAAAUCACUGGAGUGCUGUAGUGCUCUUGCACGCCUUCAGUAGGACAUUAGGUACUGAUGCCACAGACAGCCUACCCUACGUCGCCUCGUUGUGCACGGAGUCUGGGACGCGCGUGAUUCAAGAGGCUUUCGAAACGGCGGGACUAUUAGAUUCCUUCUUUCAUACCAUAUGGUCCCUGCUAAAGACGCAGAUUGGCAUCAGUCUUUUACAUCUUAUUCGUAUCAUCUCAGCGGUUGUGACAUGCCUUCCGACCGCUGCCAGUGAAUUCAUGGUAUGCCCCAUAGAGGGCGAUGCCACAAUCAUUAUGGAAUAUCUCGCUCUUGCUUGUCAACGACAGCUCUGUCACCACACAGUCAAAAGCACUCUAGAGCAGACUGAGACUAUUGUCCUGUCAGCUCUGGUACCCAUGAGUGUUAUCAUUGCGACACGGGGAGCGUCUUCAUGGCGGAAGAAAUCCGGUGCAAUCGAAUCUAUCCGUAAGUUGGAAUUACUGCCACUUUACGCCUUUGCUAUGGCAAAUGUGAAGAACUCUAGUGAAGUCAAACUACUCGGACGUUCAUCCCGCAUUGUCCUGGCUUAUCUAGACCUGCUGCGUAGCUCAUCAACAACUCCAGAGACGUACAAAGAACUUAUAGAGACCAUUGGGAAAAUAUGGUUUGAGCCCUUUCGUAAAUCCAGCCUUUUCGGUGUCGACAGCGAGGCCAUGCGAGCCUGGAUGAUGCUGGGAACAGCGGCCGGGUUGCAGGAAGGUAUGGAGGCUCGCAGGUACCUCCCAGGAUUUUCUUCCCAUUAUCGAUGUUGUCAAUGGAGAGAUUGUCUCUGUUCUCAUAAGAGGCCUCCGCAUAUGCACGUCUGUAAGGGCUGUUGGAGGGUAUUAUAUUGUUGCAAAUUGUGCCAAAAGAGCGAUUGGAUCGACCACCGGAGACGAUGCAAGGUCUCUGGAUGAGCCGGCACUUCUGACUGAACACGGCGCACCUGCCGUUACGAUUGAAUACUCUCCUUCCCCCUUCGAGUUUGCAUUUCGCAAAGUUUCCCUUCAACCCAAACCUCAUCGACAUCUUACACCCCAUUGUUCGGAUGACAGAGACGAAAUGAACCUCUGUACUUAGCUUCAGGCUUCCCGGCGCUCACCGUAUUUCCUUCUCCACGCAUCUAUUCGCUGAACACCACGUUCUGUUAAAUUCAUACCCUCUGCUCUAGCCGGGUGGGAUCAACAGCAUUUGAAUACUUCUUUCAUCUUCAUCUAUGAUAUUUGUACCCAAAACUCAGCUUCGGGAGUAGUGUGGAUUAACCCACUAUGCCACUAU